AUGCUGGCCACACAGGUUUUCAGCAGUAGUGUAGCUGAUGCUCUUGAAUAUUGCAACCAACAUCUGCAAUUGCCUCAGUUCAGAGGUUGUGAGGAGACUGUAGACUUCCUGAGAACCAUCGAUGCUGCAUUUGAUGUUCUCAACAUUAGAGCACGUGGUGGAUUCAACAACAAUCCCACAACCACACAGUUCACUGCAGCCUACAAACGCCUUCUCGUCAGACAGCAGGUGAAUACUGGCACAGGAAAUUGUCUCCUUCUAGACAACACAGGCAUUCUAGGCGUGACUCCUGCGUCAAUUAACACCAUGCGCAGAUUCAACCUGGAGCCCGUUCUGGAAGCCCACCUGGACUCAUGGAUCGCAUCACCAGCCUGGACUCAUGGACCGCAGGACCAGCCUGGACUCAUGGACCGCAGGACCAGCCUGGACUCAUGGACCGCAGGACCAGCCUGGACUCAUGGACCGCAGGACCAGCCUGGACUCAUGGACCGCAGGACCAGCCUGGACUCAUGGACCGCAGGACCAGCCUGGACUCAUGGACCGCAUCACCAUUCUUUCUAA